GCGGAUGUGCUUCAAUCCAUCCUGCACACUAACGUGCCGACAGCGUGCAGCAUUGGUACAUCUAUCGGUAUUUGUAGCAAACACAGUGAAAGCAGUUGUGAUCUCGCGCGUGUGAGACACAUUUGACUGUGUUAUGAUGGAGCUGCUGACAGAUGCACUGUACUGGAUCGGAGCUGUCACUGUGGCCUGGGUCUCGGUGAGCGCUCUGUGCUGUCUGCUCAGCGGGAUCCGCGUGUGGAUUGUGGGCAAUGGAAAUUUGAUGCAGGCGACCAAACUCGGGAAAUGGGCAGUUGUGACUGGGGCCACCGAUGGAAUCGGAAAAGCCUAUGCGGAGGAGCUUGCUCGACGAGGUUUUGCUAUCGUUCUCAUCAGCCGUACUCAAGAGAAGCUGGAUGACGUGUCCAAAGCUAUCGAGAGCAAGUACAAUGUAGAGACCAAAACCAUUUCUGCUGACUUUGGAUCUGUGGACAUCUACCCUAAGAUUGAGUCUGGACUGGCCGGACUUGAAAUAGGAGUUUUAGUUAACAAUGUUGGAGUGUCUUAUUCUUACCCAGAGUUCUUCCUCAACAUUCCUGAUAUUGACAGUUUCAUCAACAGUAUGAUCAACAUCAACAUUACCUCAGUUUGUCAGAUGACACGACUGGUGCUGCCCAGGAUGGUAGAGAGGUCUAAAGGAGUGAUCUUGAAUGUUGCUUCUGCGAGUGGCAUGUACCCAGUUCCACUUCUCACCCUCUAUUCCUCCUCAAAGGCCUUUGUGGACUUCUUCUCCCGUGGACUUGAGGCUGAGUACAAAAGCAAAGGUAUUAUUAUACAGAGUGUGCUGCCAUUUUAUGUGACGACGAAACUGAGCAAGAUCAGGAGGGCCACUCUUGACAUUCCCACUCCGGAACGCUACGUUAAAGCCCAGCUGAGCACUGUAGGCCUGCAGACUCAGUCGAAUGGUUACUUCCCUCAUGCCGUCAUGGGUUGGGUGACUACUGCUUUGCUUCCUGCAAAACUGCUCAACAAAUAUGUUAUGAGCGUGGGGUUGUCCCAGCGUGCACGCUAUCUGAAGAAACAGAAGCAAGGUUAGAAUCAGAAAAAAAGGACAGACAGAGGGAUGAAGGGAUGGUGUGAUUAAACGAAAGGAGGGACCAACCAAAAAAAAACAAAUCCCCAAUCUCUCUCUGUCAGAGACCAAGAGCAAUUACACCCAACUGCUCCUGAGAUGGUUCAAAACAAGCAAUGUAUUUUCCAGACAUUAGAGUGGUUUAUUUAGUCAUAACUAAUCAAAACAUGAUUUGCUUGAACAGCCUUUGCUGAGACCAACACAGUUCUUAUUAGCUUGAAUAGCUGAAGUUGUUUGUAUCCUAACAGUCACUAACAGCAUUGAUCAGUACAGUUUGUUUGGUUUUCUUUAAUGUUUAAAGAGAGUAAAUUAGUAGUUCUCUGGUAAUCGUGAUCUGAUGAACAUGAACAAUGAAAACAUUUUUCUCAA